AUGGAAGGUAUGUUUGCCUUGGCAAAAAACUUCAACCAAAAUAUUGGAUCUUGGGAUGUCAGUUCUGUGUUGACCUUUGAAGUAGCAUUCCAUGGUGCUAGUGCUUUCAAUGCUGAUCUAUCUAAUUGGGACACUAGCAAGGUCACAAACAUGGCAGCUAUGUUUUUGGAUGCUACCUCCUUUGACAUUGACAUAUCUGGAUGGGAUGUCAGUUCAGUUACAACGUUUUCAAGUGCAUUCAGGAAUGCUACAAACUUCAACAUUGAUAUAUCUGGAUGGGAUGUCAGUUCUGUUAGCUAUUUUUAUUCAACAUUCAAGGGUGCGACUUCCUUCAACAUUGAUAUAUCAAGAUGGGAUACAAGCCAGGUUAAAGCCAUGAAAUGGAUGUUUGAUGGCGCUACUUCCUUCGACAUUGAUAUAUCUGGAUGGGAUGUCAGUUCUGUUGCAGACUUUCAAUAUGCAUUCAAUGGUGCGGCUUCGUUCAACCAAGACUUGAACCCAUGGGGCACCAAAAUCACCACCAAUCCGUAUCCACCUUCUACAGAAUAUAUGUUCAAUGGAACCUCGUGUCCCAGCACAGCAGAUCCAGACCUCUCAGCAAGUCCCAAGGGGCCUUUUUGCUCUGUUUUACCUACAAGUAUGCCAAGUGAUCUGCCAAGUUCUAGUCCCAGCUCAAGUCAGUCACCUAGUGUACGUUAUAUACAACAGAUUUUUCAUUAUUCAGACCUGAGAGCAGCACUGGGAACCAACUGCGAUGGGGACUUUUCACCAACAGGACCCUACGGUGCAAUAUCUGAUUGGGAUGUAAGCAGAGUGUCAUACUUUGAAGGUCUGUUCCGAUUCUGCUACACAUUCAAUGAGGACAUAUCUGGCUGGACAACCAGCAAAGUUACCACAAUGAGGAGUACCUUUCGCCGUGCAAGUGCAUUCAACCAAGACAUCUCAAGUUGGGAUGUGUCAAGCGUUACAACAAUGGCUAAUUUGUUUUUGAAUGCAACAUCUUUCAAUGUUGAUAUAUCGGGCUGGGAUACAAGCCAGGUCACAACGUUGAAUUCCAUGUUUAAGGGUGCUACUUCCUUCGACAUUGACAUAUCUGGAUGGGAUGUCAGUUCUGUUACUGGUGGGAAUCUAGGGGAUGGGUUUCAAUCUGCCUUCAAUGGCGCAUCUUCAUUCAACCAAGACUUGAACACAUGGGGCUCCAAAAUCACCAGUACAAUAGUUCCUACAACAUCAAUGUUCACUGGAACCUCGUGUCCUAGCACAGCAGAUCCAGACCUCUCUGCAAGUCCCAAGGGGCCUUUUUGCUCUUUUUUACCUACAAGUAUGCCAAGUGAUCUGCCUAGCAAUGCCCCAUCUUUGGAGCCAUCUACGCUGCCAAGCAUUAGUGCUGCUCCUUCCAGAUUGCCCUCAUCAAGCCCAAUCAUUGCCCCUUCGUCCAAGCCCUCAGAGUCACCAAGCACAAGCCCCUCCAAGCUUCCGUCAGCCAUCCCCAGCCUCUCCAACUGGCCAUCAGAUGCGCCUUCAAUGGCACCAUAG